CGACAUCGAGCAUCCGACAACGCGAUCAUCAGCAGCAUGCGCUCGUCUCCUAUUGCCUGCUCGUCCGCGCGCUGCCUCGCCGACGACCUCUGGUACCUCGACGCUAGCUUCGGCCUCAAGUACGAGGCCUUCUUGGCGCUCUCACCGACGGCGCCCGAGUCGCCGCCGGCCACGCAGUGCCACCCGCGCAUCUCGCUCACGUGGCCGAGCCGCUCGAUGGACCCGAAAACGACGCGAAACGAAGCGGCUGCACCGCGCCGCGUCGGCAAUUACUCGCCGCAGACACGGCGCCAGCGCAUCCAGCGGUUCCAUGCCAAGCGGCACCAGCGACAGCUCAAGUUUGCGAUGCUGGCCGACGAUGGCGACGAACACGAGCAUGACGCAGAGCAUAGCUGCCUCUCGUCACCGCUGUGGGUACCGUCGCUCCCGGACGACGACCUCGAAGCAAGCGCGAUGAUUGAUGACACGUUCCAAGAACUGUGCUUGCCAGACGAGGUUGGGUUCGUCACCGAUCACGACAACGACGACGACGAGGUGCUCGAAAAUGUGGAGCUGUAGGCGCCAUCUUAUCUACCAGUAGUAUAUAUGUAUACCUUAUUCAACCCCGCGCUGUUGCUGGUCUUUCCGCUCGCACCUCCGGCGACCUCGUCUCUGUUGGCGUCAUCCGUCCUGCCGCCUGCAGCGUACCGCACUGUCGGCGGCUGCUAAGUACUAGUAGAGUCCCAUAAGCUGCAACACAACGC